CGGUGAGAGCGGCGGCGCGGCGCGAGACUCGGCGGCCGCCGGCACGAGCGGCGCCCCGCUCCGGCCCCCACCGCGCUCCGCCACCGCCACCAUGUUGGCGGGGCAGGAGAACCAGGAGAACGUGCCCCCGGGUGGCAAGGCGCCGCCGCCCGCCGCUGGCACCCGCGUGGCGCUGGGGCUGCUGCGGGGCGCCCAGCAGCGGCCCGGGCUGCCGCCGCAGGCGGCGCGGGGUAGCGGUGAGGGCCAUGGCGCGGCGGGGCGGCCGGUCGGCGGGCAGCAGGCCUUCGCCAUCCAUGUGGACGAGCCGGACGGAGAGCAGCAGCAGCAGCAGCCGCCACGGCGGCGGGGCGGCCCGGCAACCCAGAAGGAGAAGGCGGCGGCGCCUGGGCUGCGUGCGGCCGUCUGCGGCCUGGGGGAGCGGCGGCCCCUGGCUCCCCUGGGCAACGCCAUGGAGCUGAGCUUCGAUUCUCCAAGUAUUAUGGAUAUUUCAAUAACCUCAGAAGCAGAAGAGAAAAAAACAAACGUUAAUAACGUGCCAGACUAUAUCAGUGAUAUCCAUACGUACCUUAGGGAAAUGGAGGUGAAAUGCAAGCCUAAAAUAGGUUACAUGAGGAAGCAACCUGAUAUUACAAACAACAUGCGGGCUAUUCUUGUGGACUGGCUGGUGGAAGUUGGAGAAGAAUACAAAUUACAGAAUGAAACCCUGCACUUAGCUGUGAAUUACAUUGAUAGGUUUCUUUCUUCAAUGUCUGUUUUGAGAGGAAAACUUCAGCUUGUGGGUACUGCAGCUAUGCUGCUUGCAUCAAAGUUUGAAGAAAUCUAUCCUCCUGAAGUAGCAGAGUUUGUCUACAUCACAGAUGAUACCUAUACCAAGAAGCAGGUUCUAAGGAUGGAGCACUUAAUUUUGAAGGUUUUGUCCUUUGACUUGGCAGCUCCAACAAUCAACCAGUUCCUCACUCAGUAUUUCCUACAUCAGCAGACAAACACUAAAGUGGAGAGCCUAUCAAUGUACCUUGGGGAGCUGAGUCUAAUUGAUGCUGAUCCUUUCCUGAAAUACUUGCCAUCAGUUACUGCUGCUGCAGCAUUCCAUCUAGCAGGCUAUACGAUCACUGGACAAACUUGGCCUGAAUCCCUGUGCAAAGUAACAGGCUAUACCCUUGAAGACAUCAAGCCUUGCCUCAUGGACCUAUACCACACCUACCUCAAAGCAGCACAGCACACACAACAGUCCAUAAGGGAAAAGUACAAGAGCACAAAGUACCAUGGAGUAUCGCUUAUUGACCCACCAGAGACACUAAACUUAUUGUAAUAAUCAAGAGACUGAUCUUUUAAAAAGAUGUAUAUUACAGGAAAAUUAUGUACAGUUUUAAACAUGGUUCAAAAUUCUAGAUGUGAUCACUCGGAAUAUUAAUGCAGAUUUUGAUGAGCUUAAUUAUGAAGGUAGUUUUAUGUGGUUUUAAUGUAAAUCUUUUGUACAUGCAAUCUUGUUAAAAUAUUUAGCUGGGUUUUUAUAAAAAUGUUCUCUUCAAGCACGGAAUUAACCAUGCAGACCAAGUGAAGUCUGAGACUGCUUAUCUAAGUAUAGGCUAAACAUGAAUAUUAGCAGUGCAUUAUUAUAGUAGGGCUUAAUCUUGUGUGGAAGGAGAAAGACUUGGGCUCCGCAUCAGUAUUUGUAGCAUUUUUAUAGUCUAGUUUAAACUGGGACUUAGCCAUUAAGCCACAUUCUUAUUCUAUAUUGUAAUACUGGAAGAAACUAUGUAGCUAUGAGGAGAACACCUUGCUGGAAUUGAGUCUUGCGAGACUCUUUAGGAUGUGCAAGUUACUGGAAGCCUGGAUUGCUGUGUAUUGCAUUGCCAGACCUCCGUCAGGUUGAACACUCUGCUGCAGGGACUACUCAGCUAAAACCACUAUACCAGUUCAUACGUCUCUUCCAGUACGUAGAAACUGGUCUUGCUACAGGCAUUUGCUAGUCAAAGUGUAAAACUGAUCCUGAUUUAAACCCAUGGAGUUCCUAUUGAUGUGUUAGCUCUCCUGAAAACCGAUCCAUAUCUACUAAAAUAAAUGAGUCAUGAGUCUGCUUAUCUAGUACCUCUGUAGGGAUGGUGGAGGGAUUAAACUGCAGGAGGGCGAACUACUGCUCCGUGCCCUCUGAGGGAAUGUCUGGUGCGGGUGGGCCAUGUGCAGAAUUCUGUACAUCCCUCUUGCUUGGGAAGGCUUCCUCUGCGGCAUGCAGCAAAAACAUAGACCAACGGGUCUUAUUUUUUCGUAGUUGUAGAACCAUUGCAUGAGCAAACUAGCACCUAAUCGGCAUUAGAUCAAGUAGUUUACCUUCAACCUGUGUAAAUGGAGUGAUGCUGCCCUGUACCUGCUGUUCUUUGCAUGUAAAACAGUGAGUGCAUGGAAGUGUGUUUAAUUAAGCCAUUUCCAGGUUGGCUAAUAAAACAAUUUUUACAUCUGAUGUUAGUGGUCUUGCCAAUACCUUAAAACCACAGAGGAGUAGUACUACCAUCUUAAACUGGCAUUAAUUUCUAAAGCUUUUUGGCAAGGGCUGCCCUGUGAAUCCUGUGCCACUUCAACUUGGAAGUUGAUUCAACGCUGUCCGUCGGGUUGUCUGGAUGCCCAGCAGGUAGCAGUACAAAUUCUUCACAGCUGUCGAACAGCUGUUACGGUGUGGGCUACUUAAAAUAUAUUUUUAAAAAAAUCAGCCCUUUGUCAAGCUGGCAAGCACAUGCUUGAGUGAGACAAUUUGCUUGUCCCAACUAAAAACUUGUUCUGCGCCCACCCCUGCUCUGCAGUCUGAGCCCUCCGUGAAUGAACUCCGUCACAAACCUGCUCAAGCUGAGCCGUGGUGGCUUAUUCAGUCAAGACAAAAGUACGCAGCAGAGGCUGCCUUGUUCUGGCCAAUCUGAGCUUUUUAGGAUGCACUUUUGACUUAUACACAUUUCCAAAUGUUUAAUGAAAAAAAAAAAAAACAGAUUUUGUUGGUCUACCAGGUUUUCCACUAGCCUUCCUUUAGCUUAAUUUCAGUAGGUUGCCACCAAAAAGCUAAAACUAGGUGGGGAAGAAACUGUGCAGGGUAUUGUGUCUGGUGCUGAGUCUGGAAAUGCUCUAACUUGGCAGGAGAGGCAGGCUUGUAGGUACAGCAACACGUUUGCCACGCUGUUAGCAUCAGUUUGUGAUCUUGGGAGGCCAACUCCAAAGGUUGGCUGGCAAUUACUGUUUGAAGAUGAGUGUGCAGCGUUCUUCCUGAGAAACGGGGUUCUGCUGUCCCCUUUGUGGGGUGUAUGCUGGAAACUUCCCAAGACCACUGACAACUACCAACGUUCCAGUAGAGGACUAAACUAAAGGAGGCUUAUAAAUUACGUUCCCCAGAAAAGAGCAUAGUGGAAGAACUUUAGGGAGAAGACUUCAGUGGUUUCUUGUUCAAUUUUCAAUGGAAGGUGUUCUGUUACUGUUCCUGUAACACAGAGAAAAAUUCUCCCUUGCUCCCUGAGCUAUACUUCCAACAUACCACUAGGACUUCCUCUACAGCCUCACAAAACACUUCAGCCAUGGGUUGGCCUCUGCCCACUUUGGUGAUGUUCCUCCUUCCUCACCUACAGCUCUAACUGCAGCAGGAAGUACCAUCUUCUUACAUCUUCUCAUUUUCUGAAGUUAACAUGGGACACUUCCAGCUCUGGGUACCAAGCGUUGAACAAAAUUAUUCCAGGCUGUACUGUACUACUGUUUUGCCUAUUCAGUUUAACUUCUGGUCCUUUCAAAAUGAAGCCUCUGAGGAAUGCAGGGUUUGAGAGGGUAUGUGUGUGGAGAGAAACAAUAGUACAAAGAAUACUGUUUCCUGAAGAAGUUUUAAGGUCUCGUGGUACAGUGGAAGUAAGAAGAAACAGAAUCUUCACUCAUUCUUGUACUCUGGACGGUCCCUUGGACUUGGAAGCUCUGAUGCUAGAACACACUGGUUUAGCUCCUGGAGGCAUGGGGCUUUCUGUGUUUAUCCUUUUCUGAAAGAGCACAACAGUAACUUCUCUCCUGUUUGUAUUUCAUUAAAUACUCUGGUCACAUGUAAAGCAGUCCUACUCUGCUCUUGUAAAUAUGUGCAUGUUUCCAAUUUGACUUGGCUUUCAAACAGAGUAGCUAGGUCAGACAUUUCAGAGCCUUCCUUGUAUCUUUGUUUUGCCCAAUUCCGAAUUCAGAGCACAAUUCUUUGACAACAGUUCAAGAAACAUUCCUGUCUGUUGCAUGUAAUAUUUAAUUAAACUUUUUAAGAAACUGCA